UCUCAGAACCAACCAUUAAACCGGAAUAAACCGUUAGACCGGACUGGAAAACAUUUUACACUGCUAAUUGAUGGAACAGAUUUUUGAAUUUUUGUUUGCGGAGGAAAUCUUCCAAUCAAACUGAUGAACAAAAAUCGAUUGGGAUUGUGUUUCGCUCUGAAGAUUUCAUGAGACACCGAAUCCAGAAUCUCGUGACCGGCGGUUUCUACCAGGAAGCAGUGUUGUGCACGCGCCACUACGCUUCUGCCUGCUCUCCUAACAAGUUCACCUUCCCGCCGCUUCUCAAAGCCUGCGCGAAGCUCGGAGACGUCGUCAAUGGUCGAGUGUUGCAUGCCCAGAUCGUCAAAACCGGGUUUUUCGUCGAUGUUUUCACUGCUACGGCUCUCAUGAGCAUGUACAUGAAGGUGGAACAUCCCUUCGAUGCCCGUAAAGUGCUUGACGAAAUGCCUGAUCGGAAUGCUGCUUCUUCUAAUGCGGCGAUUUCAGGGUUUUUGCAAAAUGGGUUUCGCAGAGAAGCGUUUAGUAUGUUCAGGGAAGUAAGGUUGUCUGGGUUUGGAACGAAUUCGGUUACAGUGGCAAGUGUUUUGGGCGGCUGCGAGGAUGUUGAAGGAAGCAUGCAAAUGCACUGUUUGGCGAUUAAGUUAGGAGUUGAGAUGGAUGUUUAUGUCGGAACUUCUCUUGUUUCGAUGUAUUCGAGAUGUUCAGAGUGGAUUUUGGCUGCGAAGAUGUUCGAAAGUGUGCCUAACAAGAGUGUGGUCACCUAUAAUGCUUUUCUUUCUGGGUUAUUGGAAAAUGGUUUGUUGCAUUUGGUUCUGGAUGCGUUCAAUCUCAUGAAGAGGUUUUCAAGCGAAAAACCGAAUGCUAUCACUCUCAUCAAUGUUAUAUCUGCGUGUGCUAGUCUUUUACAUUCCGAGUUUGGGAGGCAAAUUCAUGGCAUUGUUAUGAAAACCGAGUUUCAGUUUGAUGCCAUGGUAGGUACAUGCCUUGUUGACAUGUAUUCAAAAUGCCAUUGUUGGAAAUCAGCAUACAAAGUCUUCGAUGAGCUUCAAUGUUCCAGAAACUUAAUAACAUGGAACUCUAUUAUUUCUGGGAUGAUGAUGAAUGGGAAGUAUGAGCGAGCAGUUGAGCUGUUUGAACAGUUGGAAUCUGAGGGACUUGAGGCUGAUUCAUCGACGUGGAAUUCAUUGAUCAGCGGCUUCUCACAAUCAGGGAAAGGAGUUGAAGCUUUCGAGUGCUUCAAGAGAAUGCUAUCAGUAGUUACAGUUCCAAGUUUAAAAUGUCUUACGAGCCUUUUACCAGCUUGUUCAGACUUAUUGGCUCUAAAGAAUGGUAAAGAGAUCCAUGGGCAUGUCAUCAAAGCUGCAUCGGAAAGGGAUAUAUUUGUUGCUACAUCUCUUAUUGACAUGUACAUGAAAUGCGGGUUCUUCUCAUGGGCACGUCGAAUCUUUAACCAAUUCAUACCAAAACCCAAAGAUCCAGUGUUCUGGAAUGUUAUGAUAUCUGGUUACGGUAAAAAUGGAGAAUAUGAAUCUGCAAUCGAAAUCUUUGAUCAACUCCAAGACGAGAAAGUAGAACCCAGCUCAGCAACUUUUACUGGCGUUUUAUCCGCAUGCAGUCACUGUGGCAAGGUUGAAAAGGGAUUUCAUCUUUUUAGGUUGAUGCACGACGUAUAUGGAUUGAAACCUAGUACAGAGCACAUUGGCUGUAUGGUUGAUCUUUUGGGUCGGUAUGGUAGGUUAAAAGAAGCUAAGGAGCUGAUAGAUGAAAUAUCAGAACCAUCGCCUUCAGCGUACUCUUCUUUACUCGGUGCUUGUAUGCAAUACCUAGAUCCCAAGCUGGGAGAGGAAAUGGCAACGAAGCUCUCAGAGUUAGAGCCAGAAAACCCGGCUCCUUUUGUGAUCCUGUCUAGUAUAUAUGCUGCUUUAGGAAGAUGGAAAGAUGUGGAAACUACCCGACAGUUGAUAGAUGAUAAACGACUGGUAAAACAUCCAGGCCAUAGUUUAGCUGGACUGACAUGAAUGUAGAUCUGCAGGUUCUUGGCCAUCAUCCUUGGAUUAUCAAGGAUUCUUGCCCAUCCACAGCCCACGCUCAACUAUUCGCGUAGAGAUGCAAGAAUCGAGUGUAAUGAAUCCUGUGUUUGUGGAGUUGAAGGGUUCUGCCGCUGUUACUGGUUCUGGCUCUUACAAGAUUGGGUUUAUCAUAUGUACUUACACAGUGGUGCUUCUUGUCUACUUGGAGAAGUACUGUUGUUUUAACUCUGGUUCAAGACAACAGACCGGCAAACUUCAACCAGGAACAAAGUGUGUCAUCUUUCUAUUACUGCCGUCAUUGAUACACUCAUCAAAUUCAAGCUUGAGUUCAUUAAUGGAUGGACAGAUCAGAUCAGCUUGCAUAAGCCAGCGAGUUAAAAAAAUAUCUCGAGACAUCAGUUUUCAGUGAUGGCCGAUUCUCGGACAGUGAAAGGACAAGAAAAGGGAAACAAAAUAUUUGCAUUUUUGUUCUCCAAUAAUUUCUUCUUUUUUUUAAAGAAAAGAAGAAGGAACCUACUCUAAUAUUAACUCGCACUGCAUUAUUCACUUUGUUUUUUUUUUUGUUUCCUCCCUUCAUUUUGCCAUUGGAACAUGUAAAAGGCAGGGA